AUGGAACAUCAUUACCGUUCACCCGGUUCGACGGAUGCGGUGACCUCGUGCCCCGAGCCCGAAGACUCCGAAGCCCAGGACAGUCCAGCGGCCCCGCAGCCGAUUGCCUCCCAGCAUGCCAGCUUGAAAUACUCCCUCCUUGGGCCAUCACUGACCAAGGCCGGCCAGGACUCCGUUGACCAGAGCAAGGUCUCCGAGAUCAUAUACAACGCCUCUAGGGGCUCCAAGUAUUUCAACCGCGAGGAGGAAAGAGACAAGGUCCUUACAGUCAAGAUCGACCGCAUCCUCGAAAAGAAGCGCAAGCUCGAGAAGCUCGACUUGUCGAGCGAGCUGCGCAGGGCCGACACCCUCAUUGCUGAGCUCGAGCUGAGCCGGGACCUCAGCCAGUACAUCGUCCAUCUUGACUGCGACGCCUUCUACGCGGCCGUCGAACAGCUCGACCGGCCCGAAUUAACGGACUUGCCAUUCGCCGUUGGCGGCGGGGUACUUACGACAUGCAACUACGUAGCACGACAAUUCGGAUGUCGGUCAGGGAUGGCCGGCUUCGUAGCAAAGAGGCUUUGCCCCGAUCUCAUAUUCCUCCCACUCAAUUUCGACAAGUAUACUGCUAAGGCGAAUGAGGUGCGUGAGGUCAUAGCCGAGUACGACCCGCGUUUUGAGAGCGCGAGCAUCGAUGAGGCAUACCUGAACAUCACAGAAUACUGCCAGGACCAUAACAUGUCUCCCGAAGAUGCUGUGGCCCAAAUGCGGCGGCAGGUGCAUCUGAGGACGAGCAUCACGGUCUCUGCAGGCAUCGCUGCCAACGCGAAGCUUGCCAAGAUCUGUUCCAACAUGAACAAACCUAACGGGCAGUUCGUGCUUCCCAACGACCGUGUCGCCAUCAUGUCAUUCAUGCGAGACUUGCCCUGCCGCAAAGUCAACGGGAUUGGCAGAGUGUGGGAACGAGAACUGAAGGCUAUCGGAAUACAGACGUGUGGCGAUAUAUAUGGCCAGAGACGGUUCCUCAAUCCGCUGUUCGGAGAAAAGGCCUUCGAGUUCCUCGUACACUGCAACUUAGGUCUUGGCCGCACCGACGUCCAGCCUGCAGAGGAGUACGAGCGGAAGUCUGUUGGGACGGAAAGCACAUUCCACGACAUGUCCGACCCAAAGGAGCUGAGAGAGAAGCUUCACUGGACUGCCCAGGAGCUAGAGAAAGAGUAA